GUGAAGUUGACUGACAGUGUAUCACAGGAAGAUGUUUACUUGAAAUUCCGUUUACUUUUAAAUGUCUUUAACCAAGUGGCUGACCAGGAGUACCCUUUGCAACAAAAACGAUAGCUAACACGAAGCUGAAAAUGGCGAAUGUACGAAAACGGAGAGGCAGCGGCACCCAAAUAACAGAAAACAGCACGCCUGGUGGUUUAAAAGACAACACGCCUCAGCAGGAAAAUCAGCACUUUCACUUUGACCUGUGGUUCUGCCUGACUCUGCAGAACUGGAUACUGGACUUUGGAAGGCCUAUAGUCAUGAUCAUCCUUCCUCUGGAGUGGUUUCCCCUCAACAUGCCCAGUGCUGGAGACUAUUUCCACAUGGCCUACAAUGUUAUAACACCAUUCCUAAUGCUCAAGCUGAUAGAGCGCAGCCCCCGGCCGCUCCCUCGCUCAGCUGUCUACCUCUGCAUCAUUACUUUUGUCAUGGGAGCCAGCAUCCACCUGGUUGGUGACUCCAUCAACCACCGGCUCAUCCUGAGUGGCUACCAGCUCCACCUGUCAGUCAGAGAGAACCCCAUCAUCAAAGACCUCAAACCUGCCUCACUGAUUGACUCCUUUGAGCUGCUGUAUUAUUACGAUGAACAUCUGGGACAUUUGAUGUGGUAUAUCCCUUUCUUCAUCAUUCUGUUCAUCUACUUCACCGGCUGCUUCACCAAGGCUGAAAAACUUAAGACGAUUCCUGUGUCUGGUUGGCUGUUGCUGGGACCCAGUUCACUCUACUAUUGGUACCUGGUCACUGAGGGACAAAUCACUGAACUUUUCCUCCUCACCUUUGCCGCUAUGGUUAUCAUGGGGUUACACCAGAAGAGAAAAGGCCUCAGCCUGGACAGCAACGGCUUCUUCCUGUUCUACAGUUUCACUUUCACCGUUCUCCUGGUGGGUCUGUGGGUUGUCUAUCUGUGGGACGACCCUGUGCUACGGAAAAAGUACCCUGGGCUGAUUUAUGUACCAGAACCCUGGUCCUACUACACCUUACACAUCAAGAAGAACCACUGAGUGACAUCUACACAGGUCUGUUUGUGUCUGGGUUUGAGGAGCAGACAUUGCAGAAUGCCUUCAUAAUCACAGCUGCCUCUUUCCUCAGCUGAUGUGGUAAGAGAUGGUGGCAAUCUGAGCACAAUGUCAGUGUUUAGCAAACUGUUCUGGAAUAUUGGUCAAAGAGGAAUUUUCUUUUAUUUUCCACUCUUUCUCCUUCUCUAUAUUUGUAUCUAUACUGAUACACUGACAUGAUUAGGUUUGUGAUAUGAUGCUUGGUGAAACGUUUACAGUUUGACUUUGCACAUGUGGUCAGAUCUGAAAAAAGGAAUGAGAUCUGAACAUUUAGCCCCUUUCACAUAUCAACUGCUGAUAUUCUCUGUUUUCUGCAGCCUUUGUAUAUUUGGGUGCCUGCUCUACCUGCUGAGCUAAACUGGUGCCCAUUGAUAACCUCAGCAUUUCAAGUUGUAAAGGGAAUUACUUCUACCCGGGGCUUCACAGCUGAAAUUUUUCAGUGUCAGUCUGCAUAAAGCAGGGUUGAAUCGACUAAGGCCAUACUAACACAAUAUUUUUUGGUAUUUCAAUACAAAACAAUGGCGUUAUCGGUCCCUGAGAAUGGGUUCCAGGGUGCAGACUUUUAAAAUGCCAUCAUUUCAAGUAGCAUCACCGUUGUCACAUGAUAUAACAAUAUUGGGUUUCCUCUAGAAACAGACUUGCACACAUGCACAUUACAGUUUUAGUAAACAGUCAUGCACUAGUGUUUUGACUACAACAACGGCAGACUCCGAAGUUCUGUUAGUGCUACUCUCUCCAGGCGACAUUUUCUUCAAAUGUACUGUUCCCUAUAAGAGGAAAAAUGUUGGCAACACAAAUGUUCUUGUGUUAGCCUUUUUUUAUGUCAUACCUCCCUGUUCUGAGAAAGGAUGCAUAUAUACUCGCAGGUUUUGUUCCAUUACAAAGCACCACUGAUAACUACUAGUCUGACGUGUACACUGUAGGCUUUUUUAACCAUUUUUGCUCGUGAUGCACGAUAUGAAGAGUUGUUCUGAUUCCAAUACCAGUAUCAGGAAUAGGUUUGAUACUGCUUAAAAUGCAGGCAUUGGUACCAGCGAGCACACCUGUUUAUGCUGAUCUGAUAUUGUUUUGUUUAAUGUUAUAUUUUGCUUUGUUUAGCCAUGAUAACUGUUGGCAUAGUAAACCAGAAAUCCAUUCUUUGCUGCUUGAAAAUACUGCAUGCAUGAAGUAGUUAAAGCAUAAAGCAGUGAAGAAGAACCAACAAAGGACCCACUGCAGGCCUACAUUCACUAUUUUCUGUAUAUAUCUGUUAAAAAACUUCACCGACCAGGGUUGUGGAAUACUACAAGAAGUGACACGGAUUCAUAAAAGUUAAAUAACUUUUGAACCAUAACUGUAGCCUCUUCUUUUUCCCUCUUAAAGCUAGCCAUUGUGCCAUUCCAUUGAUGCUAUCCAUGCCUAACCUUGCAAAGCAGAUGGAUACGCCCGUUUCCAUGUUUCUCACUGGUGAAUCCAUCUUGCAAAGCUCCCGUCUGAACAGUUUGGGCCUGAUAAGAAAGUGACAGGACCAAUCUGCGUCAAAGGGCAGUACUUUUUGGUGCGGUGGAGUCAUGACGUAUGCAAGCAGCAACAAGAGGCCGGUGCAAUCAUGGCGGAAGACAUUAGCGUGGAUGCUGCUAAAGCGUAAGUUUUAUCAGAACUUGACAUUUCUUUGUUAAAAGAAGAACA